GCUCCGUGGAAAUCGUCAGUCAACAACAGCACACGCCACAGUGCGAACAACCUGCAAGGGGCACACACCGUUCGUUCUUAUCGUACCUGUGCAAUAAUAUUAUCGUUCAACGCGCACACUGAUAUCAUCGAGACGAACCGAAUUCAAUCGACCAAGAUGAAAAUACACGUUUUGAUCGGUGUGGCGUGUUUGGCAGCCAUGGCCACGUGCUCGGAAGACGCGUCGACCGAACAGACCCAAAAGGUGCAACAGGACCAACAGCCAGCAGAGGAUCACCAGACCAUCAAACGCGACGCAGUCGAAGAUUACGGCGCGGACGAGUCAUACCCGUCAGCCGUUGCCGGCGGCGAAGCAUACCAACCCGCCGCCCCAGCCGCCGAAGCAUAUGCACCAUCCGCAGCUGCCGAAGGUUAUGCUCCUUCCGCAUACGCCGCCGCUCCUUCCGCAUACGCCGCCGCUCCAGCCGCUUACGCCGGCCCCACAGCUUACGCCGGCCCCACAGCUUACGCCGCAGCCGCCGCACCGGUGGGCAUCGCCACUGCACCUGCCGCCUACGGAUACGGACCGUCCGCAUAUCCCGCAGUUUCCGAAUACGCCCCAUCGUACGGACCCGAACACGUCAUCUCACAACACGUAGAGAUCAACCGCGCCAUUCCCGUUCCAGUGUACAGGACGAUCGCGGUAGGCGUACCUCAACCGGUCGCCGUGCGUGUGCCAUACCCGGUGCCGGUCGUCAAGACUGUUGCGUACCCGGUCGAGAAACCCGUGCCGUACCCAGUCGACAAGCCUUAUCCCGUGCACAUCGAGAAGAAAGUCCCGGUGCCCGUCGACAGACCGUACCCUGUGCCCGUGUACAAGAUCAAGCACAUUUACCACGAACCCAAGUGGAGCAAGUGGCUCAGUGGCUGGUAACAACCGUAUACGCAAGCCAUAAAAUAUGUUAUAUAAGUCGUACCACGCAUAACGUGGCUGGGCUGUGUUUAGGUUCUAUACUUACCUAACCUGACCUAUAACCCAAUCGACUUAACUAUUUUUACAUGUAUACCUAACCUGUCUGUGGCUAUAUGUCACCGACAUGCAC